AUGACACACACCAAUUCAACUGAAAAAUCUUCAAUAAUGGUUUAUAUUAUGCCAUCAGAAUAUGAAUCUAGUUCAUCAUAUUCCGAUAUUAAAAAAAUACAAUUUGGUAUAUUAUCACCAGAUGAAAUAAAACGUAUGUCUGUUACAACACCAGAAGCAAUUAAAUAUCCACAAUUAAUGGAUGAUGAAGAUAGAGAAAAACCAAAAAAGGGCGGUUUAAUGGAUCCACGACAAGGUCCGAGUGACAGACACUCAAAAUGUCAUACGUGUGGUGGUACAUUCGUUGAUUGUCCAGGACACUUUGGUCAUAUUGAAUUGACAAAACCAGUAUUUCAUGUCGGUUAUCUAAAAAAAACAGUUAAAAUAUUACGCUGUAUAUGUUUUUAUUGUUCAAAAUUACGUCGAAAUUUGCAACAUGCAAAAAUUCAAAAAAUUCUACAAAUUACUAAAAAUCAACCAAGGAAACGUCUCGAAUUAAUUUAUAAUGCUUGUAAAAACUAUAGAUGUUGCAAUAUCGAGGCACGUGAAUCGAUAGAAGGACAAGAAAUUAAUGGAUGUGGUCGAGAACAACCGAAAAUUCAGCAUUCUGGUUUAACAUUAACAAUUGAAUGGAAAAAUAAUAAACCAGAAGAAUUUAACUCGUUUUCACAAACCAAAAUACCACUGAGUGCUGAACGGGUUUGGCAUAUAUUUAAAAAUAUUACCGAAGAAACGUGUUUAAUAUUGGGAAUGAAUCCAAAACAAUCACGUCCCGAACAUAUGAUAUUGACAGUUUUACCAGUACCACCACUUUGUGUUCGUCCAUCGGUUCUAUCGGAUGGAACGGCUCGAGCACAAGAUGAUUUAACGUAUAUUUUGGCAAAUAUUCUUAAAGUGAAUAAUCAAUUGAAAAAUGAUGCUUCGAAUGGUGCUUCCUCAAUUAUUAUUGAUGAUAAUAUUAAAAUUUUACAAUUUCAUUGUGCUACACUAUUUGAUAAUAAUAUGGCUGGGAUGCCACAAUCGUGUCAUAAUUCUGGAAGACCAUUAAAAUCAAUUAAAACACGGCUAACAGGAAAAGAAGGACGUGUUCGCGGUAAUUUAAUGGGUAAACGAGUAGAUUUUUGUGGACGUUCUGUUAUCACACCUGAUCCAAAUUUAUUAAUUGAUCAGCUUGGUGUACCACGAACAAUAGCACAAAAUUUAACAUAUCCAGAAAUUGUCACUCCAAUGAAUCAAGAAUAUUUAUAUGAAUUAAUACGUCGUAAUUGUGUUAAAUAUAUAAUACGUACAAAUGGUGAUCGUAUUGAUUUAAAAAUUCAUCCAAAACCGUCAGAUUUACAUUUACAAAAUGGAUAUAUUGUUGAACGGCAAAUGAUUGAUAAUGAUAUUGUUGUAUUUAAUCGUCAACCAUCAUUACAUAAAAUGUCAAUGAUGGGACAUCGUGUUAAAGUUUUACCCUUUUCAACAUUUCGUUUAAAUUUAUCUGUGACAACACCAUAUAAUGCUGAUUUUGAUGGUGAUGAAAUGAAUUUACAUUUUCCACAAUCACUUGAAACAAAAGCUGAAGUUGAACAAUUAAUGAUGGUACCACGUUUGAUAAUUACACCACAAAACAAUAGCCCGAUUAUGGGAAUUGUACAAGAUACAUUAACAGCUGCAAGAAAAAUGACCCAACGUGAUGUGUUUUUGGAGAAACAUGAUUUUAUGAAUUUAGUCAUGCAGUUUUCCGAUUGGGAUGGUUGUAUACCACAACCAGCUAUUAUAAAACCAAAACCAUUAUGGACUGGUAAACAAUUAUUUUCUGUAAUUAUGCAAAAGUUAACGAGAAUCAAUUGUAUUCGCACACAUGUAACACAUCCAGUUGAUGAAGACGCUGGUCAAUAUCAAUGGAUUAGUCCUGGUGAUACAAGAGUUUUAGUUGCAAAUGGUUGUUUACUAUCUGGUAUCUUAUGUAAAAAGACAUUGGGUACUUCAUCAAGAUCAUUGGCACAUAUUAUUUUCACGGAAUACGGGCAUGAAACUGCUGGAAAAUUUUAUUCAGAUGUACAAACAGUUGUUGACAACUGGUUAUUGAUUGAAGGACAUUCGAUCGGUAUUACUGAUACACUUGCUGAUGACAGAACUUAUGAAGAUAUUCAAUCAUGUAUUAAUCAUGCUAUCGAUGAAGUUAAAUCAGUUAUUGAAGAGGCACAUGAAAGCCAUUUAGCUGAUAAUACAUUAGAAAAAGUAGAAGAAAAAAUUAAUAAAAUAUUAAAUGAUGCACGUAAUCGUAUUGGAUCAUCAGUUGAAGAAUCUUUAUCAGAUUUUAAUCAAUUUAAAGCUAUGGUACUUAGUGGUGCUAAAGGUUCAAAUAUUAAUAUAUCACAGGUUAUUGCUUGUGUUGGACAACAAAAUGUUGAAGGAAAACGAAUACCAUUUUAUUUCAAACAUCGAACAUUGCCACAUUUCAUUAAAGAUGAUUAUAGUCCAGCAUCGCGUGGUUUUAUUGCCAAUUCAUAUUUAAAAGGUUUACAACCAAGUGAAUUCUUUUUUCAUGCCAUGGGUGGUCGAGAAGGUCUUAUUGACACUGCUGUGAAAACAUCAGAAAUCGGUUACAUCCAACGACGUUUAAUUAAAGCAAUGGAAUCUGUUAUGGUAAAAUAUGAUGGUACUGUUCGUAAUCAAUUGGAUCAUUUAGUGCAAUUUGUUUAUGGUGAAGACGGUUUAGCAGGUGAAAAAAUUGAACUUCAAUCAAUUGAUAGUUUAAAAUUGUCAAAUAAUUGUUUUGAAGAACAAUAUAAGUUUGAUUUAAGUGAUGAAGGCUUUUUAAAUAAAUAUUUGCAAUCCGAUAUUGUUGAUAAUAUUAGAAAUAUUAAUUUUGAUAAUACAUUAUCAGUAUUAGAACAAGAAUGGAAACAAUUAAAUGAUGAUCGACAAAAAUUAUGUGAAAUAGUUAGAAUAAGAUUAGAAUCAAAUUUACAUGCUAGUACAAAUUUUGCAUUACCUUGUUGUUUAGAUCGUUUGUUAGCCAAUGCAAAGAAAUUAUUUAAAAUUGAUAACAAUGAUAAAUCGAACUUAUCACCUCUUAAAAUAAUAAAUAAUAUUGAAAAUUUAUUUGAAAAACGUUUAUUAAUUAUUAAAGGUAACGAUUAUUUAUCAAAAGAAGUACAAAGUAAUGCUAUUACAUUAUUAAAAAUACUUAUAAGAUCAACAUUAUCAUCAAAACGUAUUAUUAAAGAUCAUCAUUUAACAGAUGAAGCAUUCGAUUGGAUAUGUGGUGAAAUUGAAUCACGUUUUCAACAAGCACAAGUACAACCAGGAGAAAUGGUUGGAGUAUUAGCAGCUCAGUCGAUUGGUCAACCGGCGACACAAAUGACAUUGAAUACGUUCCAUUAUGCCGGUGUUAGUGCUAAAAAUGUUACAUUAGGUGUACCACGAUUAAAAGAAAUAAUUAAUUGCGUCAAAAAUCCCAAAACACCAGCAAUGACUAUAUUUUUAACGGCUUUAGCAGCUAAAAAUGCUGAAAGAUGUAAAGAUGUCUUAUGUCAAUUGGAACAUUGUAAAUUAAAACAUGUCAUAUUAAAUACAUCAAUUUAUUAUGAUCCGGAUCCACAAGAAACAAUUCUUAUUGAAGAUCAAGAAUGGGUUCGGGCAUAUUAUGAAAUACUAGAUCAGAACAUAACGAAACUAUCACCAUGGGUAUUGCGUAUUGAAUUAGAUCAUAAACGUAUGACUGGUAGAAAAUUAACAAUGGAACAAGUUGCUGAUAAAAUUCAACAAUUAUAUGGUUCUUCAAUUAAUUGUAUAUUUAAUGAUGAUAAUUCAGAAAACUUGGUUCUUCGUAUACGAUUAGUUGAAGAAGAAGAUGAUAAAAAUGAAAAUGAGGAAAUAAAUACAACAACGAAUAAUGAUAACAUAAGAAUGGAUGAUGAGCAACUUUUACAUGCUAUAGAAACAACGAUGUUAUCAGAUCUAUCGCUGCAAGGUAUUAAAUCAAUAUCAAGAGUGUAUAUGAAAGAACCAAGUAUAAAUGAUAAUAAAAAGCCUUUUAUAAUUAGUGGUAAUGGUGAGAGUGAAUGGACAUUAGAAACGGAUGGUUCAUCAUUAAAUGAAGUUUUGGUAAUAAAAGAUGUUGAUUCGAUUCGUACAUAUACAAAUAAUAUUGUUGAAGUAUUUUCUGUAUUGGGUAUUGAAGCUGUACGAAAAGCAAUUGAACGUGAAAUGACUAAUGUUUUAUCAUUUGAUGGCACUUAUAUUGAUAAUAGACAUUUAUCAUUGUUAUGUGAUGUUAUGACAGCGAGAGGAGCUUUAACGCCAAUAACACGACAAGGUAUACAAGGACAAGAUCUUGGUCCAAUAAUGCGUAGUACAUUUGAACAAACAGUUGAAGUAUUAAUGGAAUCAAGUGUACAUGCUGAUAAAGAUCCAUUGAGAGGUGUUAGCGAAAAUAUUUUAUUAGGACAAUUACCAAAGAUGGGUACAGGCUAUUUUGAUGUAUUACUUGAUGUUGAUAAAUGUCAAAGUGCAAUGGAUAUAGCACCUACCAAGUAUGGAUUAACAUUUCAUAAUUUUUUCGAUAUUGAUAAUAAACAGAGUAUUGGUAGUACAACACCAUGGUAUCAACAGGCCAUAACAACACCACCACAAAAUAAACAAUCUGGAUCACCAUUCUCCGAUAUCGGCUAUGCACCAUUUAGUCCAUUAACAACACUACCAAAUAGUCCUGCUUAUUCGCCAUGUUAUGUUAGUCCAAAAUACAGAGAUAAAUAUUUCCCUACGAGUCCAAGUCAUACACCAUUGAGUCCAUCAGUUAGUCCUGUAGCUACAAGACCACAUUUUACCACACUCAAUUCAUCAGAACAACGAUUUCUAUUAACGUCAUCUAACAUCGGAACCAGCUCGAGUCCAAGUUAUUCUCCAACAUCACCAUUAAUUUUUUCCUUACAAUCAUCUCCAUAUAGGCCUCGUACUUAUUACAAUUAUUCUGCUUCAUCACCUACUUAUGUGCCAUCACCAGCAUAUAUAAAUAAAACAAUAUCAAAUUAUCCUCCAACUAGUCCUCGUUACUCUCCAACUUCACCUGAUUUUACAUCAAAUUGUUCACCGUAUUCACAUUUAUCGUACAGUCCAACAAAUCCUUCAUUUAUAUCACAACAUCCAUCGAGCCAACGAUUAUCAUAUUCUCCAACAUCACCGAUGAUAUAUACGCCACAAUCACCAAUAUCCUCAUCAACACCAGUUUACAAUCCAACUAGUCCAUCAUAUAAUUCAUUGCGGUCUCGUUCAGAUACACCUCAAUCUCCACAAUAUUCACCGACUAGUCCAGUUUAUUCACCAUCAAUAACAAAUUUGGCUCGAUCACCAUUCGAGAAAUCCCAAACGUUGAAUACAACAAUAUAUAGUCCGACUAGUCCACUAUCGUCGUCAAGGUCACCAAAUUAUAGUCCGACUAGUCCACUAUCGUCGUCAAGAUCACCAAAUUAUAGUCCGACUAGUCCACUAUCGUCGUCAAGAUCACCAAAUUAUAGUCCGACUAGUCCACUAUCGUCGUCAAGAUCACCAAAUUAUAGUCCGACUAGUCCACUAUCGUCGUCAAGAUCACCAAAUUAUAGUCCACUUUCACCAGUUUACAGCAUUCAAAGUCCUGCUAUUUCAUCGAGUGAUGAUGAAGAAGAAAAUAUUGAUGAUGAUAUUAUGGAAACUGAAUGA